AUGGCUUCAAUAGCUAUUCCAAAAGCCGGUCUGAUGGUGGUGGAUAUGCAAGAGGACUUCUGCGAGCCCAGUGGGGCGCUUGCUGUUAAAGGGGGCCGCGAGCUUGCGCCGAUCAUCAACGAGCUUCUUGCAAGACCAGGUAGGUGACUGUCUUUUUUCCGAGACUAUUGAAUAUCAUUGAACAGCAUCUUGCUGACCUUUUAUGUCUACAGGUUUCGUGGUCAAGGUCGCGUCUCGAGACUUUCAUCCCCGCGGCCACAUCUCCUUCGCCUCUUCCCAUGCCGGGGCUGAGGCCUUCAAAUCGUCACAUACCAUCAAAAACCCCGAGAAUGAAGCGGAGACUCAGACCACGUACACCCGCGUCCGAUAAUAUUUCUCUUCAAUGAAGUUCCGCUGCUAACGACUCUUCCAGGCUUCUUUGGCCCGACCACUGCGUCCAAGGCACUUCUGGCUGCGAGCUGAUCCCCGAACUCCACGCAAAUAAGCUCACAUACGUCGUCGACAAGGGCACUGAUAACCGUGCUGAAUCGUACUCAGCCUUCGGCCCGCCUUUUCGCAACCCCAAGUAUGGCACAACGGGUCUGGAGAAGUACCUGAGGGACGCUGGAGUCACUCACUUGUUCGUUGUGGGCCUCGCUUUCGAUUUCUGCGUGCGAUCCACUGCUCUGGAUGCAGCCGAGUUAGGAUUCAACACAUUUGUGAUCCAGGAAGCGACGAACUCCGUAAUGCGUUGGGAGGAGGCAAGGGCUUCCACGGGCAAGGAGUUUGCGGAGAAAGGCGUGAAACUCAUCACCCUAGAUUCAGAGGAACUCAAGAUGGUAAACUAA